GGACUGCAACUAUUUACUUGAACCAUGGUGAAGAAAACUAGUAUUGCGUAUCUUUGGAUUUAUUCUUGGAUAGCUGGAAUUUCAUGCUUUAACAUUGAGACUGAGCAUGCACUGCAAAAACAUGGAGAUCCGGAUAGCUUGUUUGGAUUUUCUAUUGCCUUCCACCAACAGCUAAGUCCUACAAGGAAGAAUCUUUUGUUGGUAGGAGCACCACAAUCGAAACAUCAACAUCAUGAGAAUGCGACUGGUGUGGUUUACAAAUGUGAGCUAGGGGAUGCGUCACAGCACUGCCAGCCCAUACAGUUUGACAAUGAAGAGUUCCUUGAUAGCAAAGGCAUAAAUGGCCAAUGGAUGGGAGUGAGAGUAACAAGUCAAGGUCCAGGGAGGAAUGUAAUGAUGUGCGCUCAUCGGUACAGAGAGUGGAUCCCGGGGCAGUAUGUGCCUCACGUGCUGACUGGACAGUGCUACCUCCUGGGGGAUGAUCUGCGGGCAGGGGGAGAAGAGAGGACCUGGAGGAGGGUAGUGUGUGACUCCCAACACCUCCUGAGCAGACGCAUGGACCAUGAAUGGUUUGCAUACUGCCAACAAGGUCACGGGGCAACUUUUGCAAAGGAUAAUACUUCUGUGAUAUUUGGAGCACCGGGGGCAUACCAGUGGAAAGGAAUAGUACGCAUGGAGCCUUUGGACAACACGGAUAUUGACAGUGAAGACCCGCGUGAGACUGGAGACGUUAACCAGUUCAACCCAAAGCUCAUUCCUCUUCACCGAAGCAGCUACUUAGGAUUUUCUAUUGACACUGGGCUGUCCUUGGUCAGAAAGGGUGAGCUGACCAUAGUGUCGGGAGCACCCAGAGGAGGCUACAGUGGACAGGUGACAUUUCUGAAAGUGGACCCUGUGGCAAGAAAGAACCUGUCUGUAGAGUUCAUCUUAUCUGGUCCCGGACUGGCCUCAUCUUUUGGCUACGAUUUAGCUGUAGUGGACCUGAAUGGGGAUGGGUGGGAUGACUUGGUUGUUGGAGCACCACAAUACUUUGUCAAAGACGGUGAGGUCGGAGGAGCAGUGUAUAUUUAUAUUAACAAUAAAGGAACAAACUGGGGGCAUACAAAGCCCAUUCAGCUACUGGGACAUACAGACUCAAUGUUUGGCCUCGCUGUGGAGAACAUAGGAGACAUCAAUCAAGAUGGAUUUGGAGACAUCGCAGUUGGAGCACCAUAUGAAGGUUCUGGACGUGUUUACAUUUACUGUGGAUCGUCAAAAGGUAUUAACCAAAAGUCUGCACAGGUAAUUUCACCAGCAUCAGAUACAGUCACUCUGUUUGGCUAUUCUUUGUCUGGUAAUAUGGACGUGGACAACAACCACUACCCUGACCUAGCUGUAGGAGCGCUCUCUGGAACAGUCUUUGUUUACAGAGCAAAGCCAGUUGUUAGCAUCUCUAUCUCUCUCAAAGUAACACCAAAUACAAUUGAUAUAACAAAGGAGCAAUGCCAAACACAGACUUGUUAUUUUACAGCUAAAGCUUGCUAUAGGUACACAGCAAACCUAGAGACAUUCAGCCCCAAACUGUUGUUAAACUAUACUUUUGAGGCCGACUCUGAGAGGAGGAAGGUUCGGCUCUCUCCUCGGAUGGACUUCUUGGACCCAAACAGAGGACUGCUGGAACUACCUGCACAGAAUGUGGAGAAAUGUACUACCACCAGGCUCAAACUUGUGCGUGAAAUCACAGACAAACUACGCAAGAUUCCCAUUUCUGUGACUAUAUCCUUGGUGAGCUCCUCCCCCAGCCUCCAAACCAGCCAAUCUGAUCUGUCUCCUGUGCUAAACCUCUACCAGCGGAAGAAUGCUGUCUCUGAGAUUACUUUGAUAAAUACAGGCUGCGGUUUAGACAAUGUAUGCCAAAGCCAGUUAGCAAUUGAAUACAAGUUCUGCUCUGUACAGAAACAGAAAAGCAAGAAUGUAUUUAAAUCACUCCACAGAGACAAUGGGCUUGCUGUAAUCACACCCUCUGAUGGGGACAUUGCAUUGGAAAUAACUGCCACAAACAGGAACGGAGAUGACGCACAUCAGAGUGGAUUGAGCAUCACACUGCCAGAUACUCUGCAUUACACCACUGUCUACCACACACAAGCAAAAAGCCCAGUAAGUUGCACAGCUAACAAAAAAGGAACUCUGAUCAACUGUGAACUGGGAAACCCACUGCAGAGAGAUGGUGAGGUUACCUUCUAUGUCAUUCUUGCAACAUCUGGCAUCUCAUUAAGCACAAAGCAUGUUAACGUCACUCUUUUACUCGAAACGACAAGUGAGCAGCUCAUAAGGCCAGUAGAAGCUUUUGCCAGAGUUAUGUUUGAAUUGAAACUGCAGGUACAUGGACUCACCAGGCCCUCCCAAGUAUCUAUGGGUGAAAGCUGGAAAGGCGAAAGUGCCAUCAAUUCACUCCAGGAAAUCGGGACACCUGUUCAGUAUGAGUUUCGAAUAACAAAUUUGGGUAGGCCACUCAAAUCGUUUGCAAAUAUUUCGUUGAACAUCUUUUGGCCCAAAGAAAAUGCUGUGGGGAAGUGGUUGCUGUAUUUGACUCAUAUAAGCAGUAAAGGUGUACAGCCCAGCCUAUGUUCACCUGCUACUGAGAUCAACCCACUCAAGGAAAUCAAGGGCUGGUCUGACAAACAAAGAAGGAAACGUCAAGUAGAAGGUGAACUUGAACCACUGUCCACUGAGGAUAUCCUAUUUCAGCCUCUGAAGAGAACACACAAAACUUUGACAUGUUCAGAUGGACUGGGGUGUGUGGAGAUACGGUGCCCCCUACACGGUUUGGACAGCAACGCUUUCAUUAUGCUGCACUCAUAUUUGUGGAAUACUACAUUUACAGAGGAUUAUAGCUCAUUAAAUUACCUUGAAAUCGUAGUGGAUGCAGCUCUCAGUUUAACACAGUCCCCAGAGAAUAUUGGACUGAUAUCUGAUGAGUCUGUAGCCAAGGUCAAACUAACAGUGUUCCUUGAGAAGGAAGUUGAAUACUUGACCAAAGUGGCUUGGUGGAUCAUUCUUUUGACGGUCAUUGCGUUGCUGCUGUUGCUGGUGUUUGCAACUUUUAUCAUGUGCAAGUAUGGGCCUGCCAACUUCUUUUCUCCCAACAAGAAACAGAAUAAUGAAGAGCAGAUGGAACCCCUGUCAAACUCUAGUGCACUUCCAUAUUAAUGAUGCACUAUGUAACUUUUCUAGCCCACACACAGUAGGAAUGCUUGGUUUUAAGGGUAUGAAUGUAUGUCAGUGAUUGGUCUCAAAGAAGCCUGGCAACCUACUCAUUGACUUCUUUAUGCCCUGCUCACUUUUGCCGUAAACUUCACUUUCUUUGUGGUGGCACUUCCGGUUAAGCGGGAAUUUCAUUCAUUUCAAUGGAGAAUUUGGGAAAAGUUUUGCAACUAAAAUAUGAUAUAAAGUAGGUUGAUGUGUGUAAAACACUGCACCAAUUCUCUUGGAGGCUUUCUAGUCCAUGUAGAACUUAUUUGCUGUAAAGAUCGACAGCCACAUGCAAAGUACAACCCAAAUGACAAUGGUGCCCAGAGCAACUUCUGGAAUAAGGUGAAUAACGCUUGUAAUAGAAGAAACACAAGAUGCGUUUUAUGGCAUAUUGUUCAAUAAUGUAGGCAAGCAAGUGGUAGACUCUCCACCAGAAAAGUUACAUAGUGCUUCUUUAAAUGACUUUAGUUAAUAAAUCAUUUUUCAAAUAAUAACCAAAAGUUUGGUUGUCUCAAAACAUUUAA